CGCCCCCUCCUCCUUAAAACCCCCACCACAACUCUAGAGACGUAAAAAGAAAAAAAUACGAUCAAGGAAAAAAAUGGGGAAAGAAUUCAUGGGUCUCUCAGAAUCGAGCUCAGCCAUCAACAACGACGACGAGAGAGAGGAGAGAGACGAAGAUGAGCUGGAGCUGGGGCUGAGCUUGGGAUCGAAGAAGCUCACCGGAUGUCGCCGGAUUCUGACGGCCAAGGAUUUUCCGGCGGCGGUUGGGUCACGUGCGUCGCCGCUGUCGUCUUCUUCGUCCGUGUCGUCGUCAGAGGGAGCUAAACAAAGUCAAGUGGUCGUCGGGUGGCCACCGAUAAGAGCUUUCAGGAUCAACAGCUUGGUUAACCAAGCCAAAGAAAUCUCCUCGGACGUCGAAACCAAGAAGAACGAUCAAAACCCAAGCGACGACGGCGAGCGCACCAACGCCAAGAGCCAAGGAAACGAAGCAAGCAAGGUCGAGAGCGCGAGAGCUGCUCGGUUCGUGAAAGUGAACAUGGACGGGGACCGGAUCGGGAGGAAGGUCGACCUCAGCUCCCAUCGGUCCUACGAGACGCUGGCUUCGGCCCUCGAGAUCAUGUUCCAUAGGCCCACCGUUGGGCUCGGUGCGUCGAAGGCGUCGAAGCUGUUGGGUGGCUCUUCUGAUUUUGCACUGACUUACGAAGACAAGGAUGGGGAUUGGAUGCUUGUCGGAGACGUUCCGUGGGGGAUGUUCUUGGACACGGUGAAACGACUCAGAAUCAUGCGGACUUCUGAUGCCACUGGACUCGCUCCGAGAUUUCAAUCUCCAGCCAGAGGGCUGCUUCAGAGCUAGGAGCGAGUGUUUUUUGCCCAUUCAGAUCAACUGCAACGCCGCAUCCGUUCAAUUUUUUUUUCGUCUUUGUUCGACCUCUUUUGUUUUUGUGGAAGUUCUUUCUGGUUGCUCCAGUUUUUCAUUCUAUGCGUAUGAUUACAUAUUUUGCUAGUCCGUGCACUCGGGUCUUGAUACUGUAAAUAAUGUCAUUUCAUACGUUUGAUUUUAUGUUGAGGGUGUUUAGAGAGCCCAAAGCACACUCCUCUGUGCCUUGCCUUGUUCAA